AUGAAACUAGAAGAUUUACCAGGUGAAUUAUGGUUUACUAUUUUAUCCUAUUUAUCACCUUUGGACGCUUUCUAUGCGUUUAAUAAUAUGGAUAAUGCACGUAUACAUUCAAUUCUAACUGAUAUGUAUUUAAUUCGACGUGAUGAAGAUAAUUGUUCAUCGAUUAUAAAUAUAUCUCUUGCUCAUAUUCCAUUAUUUAUGUAUAAUUUUGCUGUAUCAAAUGUUAUUUCAUUUUAUUCGAAUAUAAUUCAUUCACUAACAUUAUCCAAUGACCAAACACCUGAUCAAAUAAAUAAUUUUCUUGAAAAAUAUUCAUUUAAAUAUGAUUUUACAUAUUUAAAAUGUUUACAUCUUAUUGAACCAUCAUCAAAUGAAUUUAAUUUGAUAAUAAAUGAUUUAUCUAAUAUAAAUAUGCUUAAUAUUCAAUCAAAACAAAUGCAUUCAUUUGAUAUUAAUACUAUCCAACAAAUUCUCUAUAAUAAACCAACAAUAAAACAUUGUUGUUUAAGUCAAUUUCGACAAGAUUUUAUUUUAAAUAAUUCAUAUUCAUUUAUACAAAAAUUAAAUAUUAAUUCAUGUGAUUAUUUAUGUUUUAUUAAUAUACUUAAUCAUUUUUAUUUACUUGAAAAACUAUCAAUAAAUAUACUUUCAAUGUCACGUAAUGCUGUUUUAUCAUCAAUUGAUUUAAUACAAAAUCCAGUAUUAAUUAAAAAUCUUAAAAUACGUGCAUUUAGUAUUCCAUUCGAUUAUUUUCAAAUAUUAUUUCCUUUUUUAGAAAAUAUUCAAAUAUUUUCAUUUGCUAUUGUUUGUGAUGAAGGUUUUGAUUAUGUUAAUAAUGACAAAUGGCAAAUGAUUAUUAGUAAUUAUUGGCCAUUAUUAAGAAAAUUUCAUAUUUAUAGUGAAUUAUGGCAUUUAACACCGAUUGAUUUUGAUGAACUUUGCCCACAAUUAUUUUCAUUUAGAAAUGAUUCAUUUUGGACUGAACGUCAAAUACAAUUUAUGAUUGAUUUUUAUCAAGAUAAAAAUGAUGUUCAUCUGAUUUUCUAUUCUAGUCCAUAUCCAGAUAAAAGAUUUUCUAAUCAGUAA